CGUCUCACCGGUCGAACCCGGUACGGACACGUCAGUGGUGGGCGCGUGACGUCGCUGAGGUAGCAGGUGUCGGGUCCGGUGUCCGCCGCCGCCGCUAUCGCCAUGUCCGACAUCGGGGACUGGUUCCGGAGCAUCCCGCUCAUCACCCGCUAUUGGUUCGCUGCAUCCAUCGCCUGCCCGCUCAUAGGGAAGCUGGGCUUCAUCACCCCCGCCUACCUGGUCCUGUGGCCGGAGAACUUCCUGCACAAGUUCCAGAUAUGGAGACCCAUAACGUCAACCUUUUAUUUCCCUGUGGGGCCUGGCACUGGAUUUCUGUACAUGGUGAAUUUGUAUUUCUUAUAUCAGUAUUCAACGCGGCUUGAAACAGGUGCAUUUGAUGGAAGACCUGCAGAUUACCUGUUCAUGCUCCUGUUUAAUUGGAUUUGUAUUGUUAUAACUGGAUUGAUAAUGGAUAUGCAGCUGUUGAUGAUUCCUAUGAUCAUGUCCGUUCUCUACGUCUGGUCCCAGCUGAACAGAGAUACCAUUGUGUCUUUCUGGUUUGGAACAAGAUUUAAGGCUUGCUAUCUUCCAUGGGUGAUUCUUGGAUUCAACUACAUUAUUGGGGGAUCGAUCAUUAAUGAACUGAUUGGAAAUUUGGUGGGACAUCUUUACUUCUUUCUGAUGUUUAAAUAUCCCAUGGAUCUCGGAGGAAGGAACUUUCUGUCCACACCACAAUUUCUGUACAACUGGUUCCCAAGCAGAAGAGGAGGCAUAUCGGGAUUCGGCAUCCCCCCUGCGAGUGCCAGACGAGCAGCAGACGAUCAGGCAGCAGCAGGUGGCGGAAGACACAACUGGGGACAUGGAUUUCGGCUGGGAGAGCAGUGAAAUCGUGAGGAAAGAGUUGUGAAGGAUUUAAAAAAAAACAAAUGACUUUUUAAUAUUUUCUUUGUAACUUUUAUGAACAAUUCUACUGAAUCCAUAAGACAACGUAUGCAACCAGCAGUAGCUACAAUUAUCUGCUGACAUAUUCUCCCGAGGGCCGGAGUACACCGCUUACAGUCUUCUCAAACGCAACGUGGACCGAAACUCCAUCCUUUUGAUUCUGUCCCUUUUUGGUUUGUGUUCCAAAAAGUUUGCAUCCCAUUGAGAGAAAAAAGAAACCUAUACAAUUUAUUAUUAUUUUAUUUUUGGAAGGCUUUGAUCACUUGCCUUUUACUCCCGACUUAUUUGUACACAUCACACUUACUGCGUGGAAAGACUUUGGAAUGUUAUGACUAUUCUACAUAGUGACUGAACCCAGAGCGAUGCGUGGCAGUCUCCUAUGUCCGCGAACGGGUUAGACCACAAAUCCAACUCGUAUCAUUAUAAGGAUGACAAUUUUUAAUUAAAAUAUAUUUAAUCUGA